AUGCCUACCCCAAAUCAAGCUAGUUGGAUGGUCAGGAAAAUAUUUGAGGCAAGGAAAUGGAUGACUCAAUCUGGAAAUCCAUUAGAUGAUCUCAAAGCAUGUGAGGAAAGAGGGAAGUUCAGUAUCAAGAAGGCAUAUCAAACCUUUAUGCCUCAGCUCCAGAAAGUUUCAUGGAAACGCUUGGUCUUAGCUAAGGGAAUUGUUCCUAGACACCACUUUAUACUAUGGCUGACAAUGCAUAAGAAGUUGUCCACUGUGGAUAGACUUCACAAAUGGGGAAUUCAAGUGGAGCAGGAAUGUGUUUUAUGCAAUACUAUUGCAGUGGAGACAUUGGAGCAUCUUUUCUUUGGUUGUGGCUAUUCAAAGUUCAUAUGGAGCACACUGUUACAUUGGCUAGGGGAAAGGAGACCAAUCAGAAACUGGGAAGAGGAAAUCGAAUGGGCAGCUAGAAGAACUAAUAAUUCUAGAGCAAGAGCAGGCAUCAUUGGAUUUCUGUUUGCAGCAAGUGUCUACCAAAUAUGGUCCGAGAGGAAUGGAAGAAGAUUCAACAAUCAACAAAGAGAGAGCAGACAGCUGAUAAAGGAAAUUAUACUACAGUUGCACGCUUAUGGGCAGAGACAGAGCAAGUGGCGCCAACAGUUGUAUUGUUUAAAUAGUUACCCAGUAUAA